CGAAGGUCUCUGCUCUCCGGUCUCUACUCCUCUCGGCUCAUGGUCUCGUCAUGUAUCAAUCGGCCGAGGUGGGGCUAGCUAUGAGACGCGAACUGCAGUCGCAGCGACCUGGUGAGUGGUGCUUCUCCGAAUUCAUCUUCCUUGCCAGUCUUUUGAAUGAGGCAGGUGAUGGGCCAUCAUAAGGCGAUCGGCUGAAGCCUGCGCGCGUAUCAAAAUCUCUCCACAAUUGCCUGUGCAGGUUCAUUGGUAAGUAUGUAGCUCUGCCGCCGACCGUGCUGAUGUAGCGCCUGCGAUCGAGAGGCCUAUAAAGGCUCAUACCGCUUGCCUACGUUUUUGAGACCCGACCACCAUGCAGCGAUCACUCCCCCUCCUCGUUCUUCUUACAGCCUGCAUCUACGGCAUCCAGGCUACCUCUCUGGUUGUCGAUACGCCGAUUAGGGACAACGGUGAGGUUGUCGAAGACUCGGCGCGCCUGUCCGAAACCAGCUUCCAGUGGGCAGGCUACGGAGCGCCUGCCGGCUCUACCGUUGUCAUUUACGUAACCGAUACCGCCGGGGACGGAGCAUCGACUGCGCCUGUCGUAGUCUCGCCCAGCUCGGAUUCGAGCUGUCUGGGUCCCGGCUUCUAAAGCUGUAUGUAUUGAUUGUAUAUCACCACGCAUGUUUUGUA